AUGUCUUCCCAGCCUCUUCUCCAGACCGCUCCAGGCAAGCGCAUUGCCCUUCCCACGCGAGUCGAGCCCAAGGUCUUCUUCGCCAACGAGCGUACCUUUCUGUCCUGGUUGAACUUCACUGUUGUCCUGGGCGCGUUGGCGAUUGGGAUGCUCAACUUUGGCGACCGCACUGCCUUCAUCUCGGCCUUCCUCUUCACCGGCGUCGCCAUGUUGACCAUGAUCUACGCCUUAAUUACCUACCACUGGAGAGCCAAGUCGAUCAGGGUGCGAGGACAGGCCGGGUUCGAUGACCGGUUCGGCCCUACGGUUCUGGCCAUUAUUCUCCUGCUGGCCGUCGUCGUGAACUUUGUUCUGAGGAUUACCGAUCGCUCCAAGAAGCAGCAGGACGGCCAAUUGUAA